AGGUCUGUAGGUCUCAUGAGUGCACGUUGCAUCUGUAAUCUACAGCUCGUCUCUCCUCAGUGGGAAUUGUCACUGAGAACUUGGGUUCCCAGGCCUAAUUGUUUAAAAAUAAUUCUCACUUGCUUUGUAAAGUGUUUUUUUUGUUUUUUUCCAGAUGCACUUCUUGCCGUUUUGGAAUCUCUAGCAUUGGAUGGCAUUCUCUGCCUUCCAGCAAGUGGCUUAGAUUUUUUUUUUUCAUCUUGUCCUGGGUUUUGGGCAUGGUGUGGCCAAAAUGGGGAGAGAAUCAGAACAUCCUGUGGUUCUGGACUGGCUUCAGAUCGCUCAAAUGGAGCCCCAUGUAACCAGACAGAAGAUUGGGGAUUGGAGACUGUCGUCAUCGGAGAGGUUCAUGAGAACAUGACUCUGCACUGUGGCAACAUCUCGGAGGCGAGGGGCCUAGUGACCUGGUACCGGAAUGACUCGGAGCCCAUCUUCCUCCUGUCCUCCAAUUCCAGCCGCCCACCGGCCAAGCCGCGCUUCUCCCUGGUGAACGCCAGCUCCCUGCACAUCGAGGCACUGAGCCUGCAGGAUGAGGGGAACUACACCUGCUGGGAGGCCCUGAACGAGACUCGGUGGUUCCAAGUGUGGCUGCAGGUGGCCAGCGGCCCCUACCAGGUCGAAGUCAACAUCUCCAGCACCGGCGUGCUCCCCAAUGGCACCCUCUACACCACCCAGAAGUCCCGGGUGGACUUCAGCUGCGCCAGCAGCUCCCGGCCUCCGCCCAUGAUUGAGUGGUGGUUCCAGGCCCCGGAUUCCAAGACCGAGCCCUUUGGGAACAACCUGACGGUCAGCAGCUUCACGCUGCUACUGAUGUCGCAGAACCUCCAGGGGAACUACACCUGCUUGGCCAAGAACCUGCUCAGUGGGAGACAGCGAAGCGUGACCACCGAGCUCCUGGUCUACGCACCAGGGAGCCCCUCCCUUCUCUCGGAGCCCAUGAAGACUUGCUUCGUGGGGGGCAAUGUGACCUUCACCUGCCUGGUGUCUGGAGCCUACCCCUCUGCCAAGAUCCUGUGGCUGAGGAACCUCACCCAGCCUGAGGUGGCCAUCCAGCCCAGCAGCCACUAUCUCAUCACCCAGAAAGGCCAGAGCUCCACCCUGACCAUCCACAACUGCUCCCAGGACCUGGAUGAGGGCUACUACGUCUGCCGGGCUGAGAACCCCGUGGGGGUGAGGGAAGUGGCCAUCUGGCUGAGCGUGAAAGAACCUUUAAACAUCGUGGGAAUUGUGGGAACCAUCGUGAGCCUCCUCCUGCUGGGACUGGCCAUCAUCUCGGGGCUCAUGCUGUAUUACAGCCCUGUGUUCUGCUGGAAAUUAGGAAACACUAUCAGGGGACAAGACAUGGGUGACGUCAUGGUUCUGGUGGAUGAGGAAGAAGAGGUGGAGGAGGAAGACAAUGCUGCAGAAGAAGAGGAGGAGGAGGAGGAGGAGGAGGAAGCCAAUGAGAGGGAGGAGUUCCCAAUAGAAAUACACAAGCACAGCCACAUCCACAGAGUGACCGCCCUGGUGAACGGCAACAUAGACUGGAUGGCCAAUGGGCUCCCGCCUCUGCAAGACGACAGCAGUGAGCAGCAGAGUGAGCUGGUCCCCGAGGAAGACAGGCCAGUGUGAAGAAGAGAGCUGUCCUGCGUUAUCUGCCUGACGCGCGGGGGAGCCUCAUGGAAGAUGAGCUUUUCCUUUUGCUUUGACUUGACUUGCACCCCUGCCCAAGGGCCUAAACGGCUCUCAGCAAGCGUACACACACACACACACACACACACGUCUUUCUGUCCAUUUUUUAAAAAAGCUGGUUUGAUUUGCUGUAACUUUUCCUAAUGAUGCUAAAAAGCGUUGGGAACAGGCAGUGUGUGCGGGGGAAGCUGCCUUUGGCAUCCGAGGUGCCCUUUCCACUGUGACUCCUGGCUUUAUCCAGCUCGACUGAUGCUGAUUUGGGGGGAGCAGGAGUGGGAGGAGGCCCUUGGCCGCAGUGCCCUUUGCCACUCGUGAAGUCUGUAACCAGCUUCCCUCAGCACACAAGGGCAUGGUGAGGGGGGACAGGGACACUUCCUUGAUCACUGCCCAGUUGAGCCAAGGAACCAGGUAAACGGCAGCUCACUGGAAGAGGUGAGGAGGUGUCAGCGACUGAUGCUGGUCAGAGGGAGGCAGUGUGGGCCAGGCUUUUGGAGUUGGGAACACCCAGGAUUGAGUCUGGGCACUUGUUUCAUGGGCUUGGGCAGGUUGCUUUCCCUCUCCCCUGGGCCUCAAUGUCCUCAUCUAUAAAAUGGGUGGAAUCACACCUAUCUGACAGGGGUAUGGUGAGGACUCGGGGAUGUGAACGUGCCUAAAAGGUGCUCAAGAGAUGUUCGUUCUCUUCUCCUUUGCCUUCCCUGGUGGAAGGAAAACAUAACUGUAAGUUGCGAGCUCCUGCCUGGACCCGCCGUUCUUCUUUGUGGAGUGGUUCCGGGCGAGGGCUUUCUCAGAGCUCUCCCGACGAUGUUUGCUUCCCUGGAAAUAGAAUUGUUUUCAAAAGAGUUAGGGCCCCUAAGAGAAAGUGCCUUUCAUUAGAACCUCACAUUUUGCAAAGCUUCGUAUUUAUACAAGAGCCUCUGACAUGACACUGUUAGCUUUCGGCCUUUCCCGUUCUUCCUUUCUCCCGGGACGUGCGAGAAGGCAGGAGAAGUGCUUUGUGAGGGAGUACCUGGUGGGAAGUACUCCUUGGGCAGACCAGCCCAUCCGGCCGGGGAUGGAGAGCUUGUUUCCAUCUUCUCUUUAACGAUGUUAUGAAGAUACACUGAUCAACGAUGCUAAGUUUCUAAUGAAACUAUAAUAUGAUGGGUUUAAGCUGCUGAUGCCUUCAGUAGAACCUGUAUAGUUUAGAGAUAACCCCCGCCUCCCCCCAUCCCCUGAUUUCACUCAAAUAUCUUUUCAAUGUCAGGGGCCUUAUAAAGGUGCAAAGGGUGUGUGCUAGGUAUGAAAAUCUGACUUGAAUUUGCAUUCUUUAAUGUUGCACAUUCUGCUAUGAUGGGCAAGACCUAGAGCUUAAAGGAGAACUUCCCGUCUCCAGUAACGGACUGGGACUGGUAAAGUGAGACACUGGUUACCUGCAGGUAUGCUUGGGGUUGGUCUAUUUUCCUGAAGGGACUAAACUAAGCAAGUCCCUAGAAAGGAGCCCCGUCCCGAGCUCAGAACACGGGAGCCCAGGAGCUGGCCGCACAUGUGCACCCCUCAGGAAGAGCCGUGACCUCUGCAGUCGCGUUGGGCUGGGUCCUUUGCUGGUGGUACCUCGUGUAUGUAACCACCCUACCCAGUCUAAGUCAGUGUCAUUAACAGAACAGGAUACCAGACAGGUUGCUUCUGCAGUUACUGAACACGGAGCUAGACUCUUCAGAAUCUUCGAUGGAUCCCAUUUCUGACUCUAAGUGUCUACUAUGCAGAGGCAACAAUACUUUUUAAAAAGAAAAGCAACUGCAGGAAAAAUUCCCUAGCUGGGAACACGGGGUGAUUUUCAAGAUCACUGAGGUGUUUCUGCAAGUUCCUCUUCUCUUGCACACGUACCUGGUAGGUAGCAAAUCUUUGAGGCAGAGUUUUUCCACUAGCAAAUGGGAGCUUCAAGAUCUUGGUGCCAAACACUAGAAACCCUUGACUAACUGAGCGGUGACUGCUCACUUCUGUCUGAGCCCUGUGUGCACAUUGAUAUGGCUGGGUCAGUAAGAACCCAGGUCCUGGGGGAUCGUCAAGUUUUAAGGAUUUUUAAAGAAUUGGGGCUUUUUUUUUUUUCUUUUAAGAUGACCCAUCCCCAAUUGAGCAGGUCAUUAGAAGCGAGUGGCCCAUUGACAAGCCUGUUGACAAUGGUUACAGACUCUGUGUGGCAGAGUCCGUAUGGUCACAUCACUCUGUACGUGCAUUCUUAUCUGCAUGUGUUGUAAACUCAGACACCAGAUCUUAUCAGAACCAGGAAGAUGAACAUUUCAGGGCUAUCACAACUGACACUUCUUUUUCUUAAAACCUGGUGGACAUUGGGGAACGGGCUCCUGCAAUGCUGUGGCUUUGAUAUUAGCCCCAGUUCUCACAAGCACAUACAGGCCCUAUUCCUGCAGCAGGAAAGCACAUGAUGGAAAGCACAUGAUGGAAAUUUUCCACAGCCCAUGCACUGACACCUGGGAAAGCCUCCUUGCUGGGUAACAGUUAUGAUGAUGCAAUAAGUGCCAACUGGUAUUUCUCACCAUGGGGCUGGCCGGGAUCUGCUGCAAAGAAAAAUAAGCAGAUCUUCUGCAUUAUUUACAUUUUAAUAUUUGAUGUGGGGAGGUGGGUUGGGAGAAAUUCAUUCUGAGAUUAUAAUGGAUUUUUUUUAAAGAUUAUGGAAUAAAGUUAUUUUUAAAUAAAA